AUGACUCCUGAGAUAUCUUCUAAGGAAGAAAAUAUAAUGCCAAAGGAAUCAGAUCUAGAUUUGUUACUGGCUACCUUCCUCGGUGUAGUAUUUGGUGCAACUAUCGGUUAUUUUGUUAAUAAUUAUUAUAAUAUUUGCCCAUAUGAAAUCAAAUACUUGGAACUUAUCAAAGAAUAUGUCAAAGAAUAUAUAUCUUCUUUAAUAAAUGUUAUUAUAAAUGAUAUUACAAAUGUUGUUUGGGAAAGAAGCGAUUAUUAUUUCAAAAUUUGGGAUGUUCUCGCCAAUCUGGAUCCUAUUUACAGAGGACUUAAUCACAUAAAUUGUUUAUCUGUUGAUGUUGUUGGUAAUCCGAAUUGGCAAUUCAUUUGUAGUUUAUGGGUGACAAGUAUAAUUUUUGGUUGGAUUAUUUUCAUUAUUUAUUUAUUAUCAACAUUUGUCGCAUAUCAAGCUUCCAAAGAAAAUUUCAAAGGUCUUAAAUCAGGAAUUCGUGGAGCGGAAUUAGAAAAAUUGGAAAAAUUGGAAAAAGAAAUUUCUCAACCCACUCAAUUAUUAUUACAAAGUGGUUUACCUGAUCAAGGAAUUCCUUUACAAAUUGUACUUCCUCAAAAUACUUAUCAACGAUAG